AAUACUCUUACGUUAAAAAAAAUAAAAUAGGUGUAAUGAGAAUGAUUGGUUGUUAGAACACGGAUAGUUUCUCCUGUUGUUUAGGGGGAAAAUGUUUAUUAUUAUGUGUAAGGGUUUUUUACAGUGUUGUUUUUAUGAUGAGUGCCAAUACUUAUGCAGGGGACUGUACGUAGUUUUACACUUAGUAGGUCCAUCAUAAUAUACUCAGCCCUUAUUUAGAUGAAUUAUUAAUGUGAAGCAGAAUUACUUGUUCAGUCCAGGUAUAACAUGCGGUGAGAAGCAGGACGCAAGCGCAUAAACUCAGUGUGGGCUUAAUUUAGGGCAAAUCCAAGAGUCCUAGUCCUUAGUGGGGUCAGACAACAGGAAGGCAACAUCAGAAACCAUAAUCCAUAAUCAGACAUCAGGAAACACAAGCGAGGAUCGAAAUGAGGAAACAGGGAAACUAGAACAAGGCUCAGACCUUAGCGAAACUAAAUACAUGACAAGACUUCGCGUCGAGACUUUAAUACACAAACUGAUUGAGGAACUGAAAACAGUAGAGAAUGAUCAUGACACGGUAGGAAGAUAAACCAAUGACAAGACGAGGAGGAGAAAAAAAUUAAUCAGAACAAACCGCACAUGGUGAUAUAAACAAACGAGGGGGAAUACGUGACACCAGGAACGACAGCAGUAAUAAUAUUUUUUUCCUCCAACAGCUCUUUAGAGAAGUCCGAAUAAUGAAGAUCUUGAAUCAUCCAAAUAUAGUAAAGUUAUUUGAAGUAAUUGAGACUGAGAAGACACUUUAUUUAAUAAUGGAAUAUGCCAGUGGAGGUGAGGUGUUUGAUUAUUUGGUGGCUCAUGGCAGGAUGAAAGAGAAAGAAGCCAGGGCAAAGUUUCGUCAGAUCGUAUCUGCAGUGCAGUACUGCCAUCAAAAGAGAAUAGUCCAUAGAGAUCUUAAGGCUGAAAACUUAUUGCUGGACGCCGACAUGAAUAUCAAGAUUGCCGACUUCGGCUUCAGUAACGAGUUCAUGGUGGGAAACAAGUUGGACACGUUCUGCGGCAGUCCUCCGUACGCUGCCCCUGAACUCUUCCAGGGCAAAAAAUAUGACGGCCCUGAAGUAGACGUCUGGAGUCUUGGUGUGAUCCUGUACACACUCGUCAGUGGAUCGUUACCUUUCGAUGGCCAAAACCUUAAGGAGCUGAGAGAGAGAGUAUUGAGAGGAAAGUACCGUAUCCCUUUCUACAUGUCCACAGACUGUGAGAACUUGCUUAAAAGGCUAUUAGUGUUGAACCCCAUCAAGCGGGGAAGUUUAGAGCAAAUCAUGAAGGAUAAAUGGAUGAAUGUGGGCCAUGACGACGAGGAGCUGCAGCCUUAUAAUGAACCAGAAUAUGAUUUCAGUGACAGUAAAAGGAUCGAGUUGAUGGUGACUAUGGGAUUCCCAAAGGAUGAAAUCACAGAGGCUCUCAAGGGAAAGAAAUACGAUGAAGUCAUGGCUACUUAUCUCUUACUGGGAAGAAAACCUCCAGAGAUUGAAGGCAUUGAGUCUGCGUCCAUCAGCAAUCUGAGUCCCAGGCCCCGCCCUACCAGUGACAUCAAUACCAGCACUAGCCAAUCCCCUUCACACUCCAAGGUCCAGCGCAGUGUAUCGGCCAAUCAGAAGCAGCCGCGGCGAUUUAGUGAUCACGUGGGUCCCUCAGUCCCGCCUGUAGUGUCGUACACUAAGCGCAGCUGUCUAGAGAGUGAACAGAAGGAGGAGUGUGAGAACUCGCGCAAGCUGCUGAGCUCCAACUCAAAGGGAGAUGUACCAGCAUCUCCUCUGGCCGCCUUGGAGAGGAAAAAAUCUGUUACUUCAUCUGGAACUAAUGGAGGCAUGGCACGCAGAAAUACAUACGUGUGUGAGCGCUCAGCUGACCGGUCGUCUGCCAUACCCAAUGGCAAGGACAGCAGUUUAACAGAGGUCUCGGGCAGCACUAUGUCAGCCUCCGGUGCCACUUCAGCUCUGAUGUCUACAAGACAGAGAUACUUGAAAUCUGUGUCUUCCACAGGCGCAUCCUCCAAAACCACCCUGCCACCUAUAGAAGACAACAGCGAAUACAAGGGAAGUCCAAGUGCCAGGCCUCCGUCCGCCUCACCCUCCGAUCACAGCAUCAGCACUCCAGAGCGCACUCAUUUCCCCAGAGGGACAUCCAGCAGAAGCACCUUCCAUGGAGCGCAGCUACACGAGCGCCGCAGUGCCACCUACAAUGGCCCGCCUGCCUCGCCCACCCUCUGCCAUGACACAGGAGCCCUAGCACCAGCACGCCGGGGCACAUCCACCGGCAUAAUCAGCAAACUUACCUCCAAGUUUGCCCGCAGGGUUCCAAGUGAAGGGGAGGCAAGUGGCAAGUCAGAGUCACCAAGGAGCACUUUGGGAGAAUCGAAAGACGAGACUCGCGACUCGAAGCCACGCUCACUGCGCUUCACAUGGAGCAUGAAGACGACAUCUUCCAUGGAGCCAGGCGACAUGAUGCGUGAAAUCCGCAAAGCGCUAGACGACAAUGGCUGUGACUACGAGCAGCGCGAGCGUUUCCUGCUUUUCUGCGUGCAUGGUGAUGCUCGCCAUGACAACUUGGUCCAGUGGGAGAUGGAGGUUUGCAAGCUACCACGCCUCUCGCUCAACGGUGUGCGCUUUAAGCGCAUUUCAGGCACAUCCAUCGCCUUCAAGAACAUCGCUUGCAAAAUUGCUGAUGAGCUGAAGCUCUGA